AUGGCGGCGGAGCCGGGCCCGGGCCCCGACCCGGAGCUGGAGGAGCUGCUCGACAGUGCCCUGGACGACUUCGAGAAGGCCAGGCCCGCCGCGCCCCCGCCGCCACCGCCCCCCCCCGGGGCGCAGCCCUCGCCCAGCGCCGCCGCCAAGGCCUCCCUCUUCGCCUCGCAGGAGAGGUUCUUCCAGGAGCUGUUUGAGGGGGAGCUGGCCUCGCAGGCGGCGGCCGAGUUCGAGCAGGCCAUGCAGGAGCUGGCCCGGGAGGAGCCGCACUUGGUGGAGCAGUUCCAGAAGCUGUCGGAGGCGGCGGGCAGAGUGGGCAGUGACGCGGCGUCGCAGCAGGAGUUCACCUCCUGCCUGAAGGAGACGCUGAGCGGCCUGGCCAGGAAUGCCACCGACCUGCAGAGCUCCUCGGCCUCGGAGGAGGAGCUGGCGAAGGCCUUGGAAGGGCUGGGGCUGGAGGAAGGGGACGGCGAGGGCAGCGUCCUGCCCGUCAUGCGGAGCAUCAUGCAGAGCCUGCUCUCCAAGGACGUGCUCUACCCCUCGCUCAAGGAGAUCACCGAGAAGUACCCCGAGUGGCUGCGGCAGCACGGCGAGGCGCUGCCGGCCGAGCAGUACGAGCGGUACCGGGCGCAGCACGGCGUGAUGGGCCGCAUCUGCCGGCAGCUGGAGGACGAGCGGCCGGGCGAGGGCGAGGAGGAGCGGCGGGCGCGCUUCGAGACCCUCCUCGACCUCAUGCAGCAGCUGCAGGACCUGGGGCAUCCGCCCAAGGAGCUGGCCGGGGAGUCGCCCCCCGGCCUCAACCUGGAGCUGCCGGGAGCGGCGGGCGGCGAGCAGUGCCGCCUCAUGUAGUGCCGGUGGCGGGACUGGGGCGCCCGUGGCCCCCCCGGUGCUGCACUGCCAAGGACGGCCCCCGCCUCGUUACCGACUAAUUAGGACUCUGCUGAGGACGAGGAGGAGAAGGCCGAGCG